AUGGCCGUGACGAUGAGUGACAAAGUUCCGCCGUUGAACUUCCUCGGCAGCCAAAGAGAAAAGGUAUUUUUGGAGUGCGGUGGCCACGUUUACUCGGUACCGGUGGACGAUGUGAAAAAUUUGCCGCUUUUGGAUUCCUAUUCGAAGUCUUACUAUGCUCUGGGGGACAAUUUCGCGCACUUCGAUCCCCAAAGGAGCAAAUCUGAGGAGGGUCACGAAACGAUGUUGAACAUAAAACGCGUCGCUUCCGAAACGAAUUGCAGUGACGUUAGCAGCACAUCGGAUGCGGUGACUUCCGCAGCUGAGAGUCCACCCUUGGUACGGUGCUGCGCAUCGAGGGGUUUGGCCGAGGCGAAGGAAGAGGCAACACGUUUGAUAGAUGAGUUGAUUCUUAAAAUCGAACUAAAUUGGUUCCGUGAGAAAUUGAAGGACGACGCCAUACAGGACACGGAAAACCCCACAGUCGACGAGGUGGUAGUGGAGCAGAAAGUUUCGGCAGUGGUAACGACAAAUCCUGUCCAUCCGGACGGUGACUAUAACAAUAGGGACUAUAGGGUUCAAAAUCUGGAAAUAUUGAAAUCGAAAUCGUUCAGGGAAAGUAAAAGCCAGACGCGGAUGGGAUUGCUGGAAAAGAUGCGUACCCUGGUCGAGAGGUUGAAAGAUCUGGAAAAAUUGGAAUAG